AAGCAAAAUCUACAUUCUUUUCUAUCCCUUUUUGGUUGUCGAGAUCAGCUGCGGCUCACCGGAGAAUGGGAACUCCGGGAAGGUUGCGCCAAUGGCGCCACCUUGCCUACGCAAUGGCGCUGUACUUUGUUGCCAUUGGCGCGUUUGUUCAAACUAUGGCCGAUGGGCUUUACUAUCCAGAUCAUUUCGUGAAAGAUAUACCGGAAGUUUCUAAAGAUUACAAACCAUACAAAUAUACGUCACCACCUCCACCACCUUAUGUGUAUAAGUCUCCACCGCCACCAUCACCAUCACCUCCACCACCUUAUGUAUAUAAGUCGCCACCUCCACCAUCUCCAUCUCCGCCACCUCCCUAUGUCUAUAAAUCACCACCACCACCAUCCCCAUCACCUCCACCACCUUAUGUGUACAAGUCACCGCCUCCACCAUCUCCGUCACCACCGCCUCCUUAUGUGUAUAAAUCACCUCCACCACCAUCUCCAUCACCACCGCCUCCCUACAUUUACAAGUCGCCUCCUCCACCAUCUCCAUCACCACCACCCCCAUAUAUUUACAAGUCACCACCACCACCGUCACCUUCCCCGCCACCCCCGUAUAUUUAUAAAUCUCCUCCUCCACCAUCUCCAUCACCGCCACCGCCAUAUGUAUACAAGUCUCCACCACCACCAUCACCAUCACCUCCACCACCUUAUGUGUACAAGUCACCACCUCCACCGUCGCCAUCACCUCCACCACCAUAUGUUUACAAGUCACCACCUCCACCAUCUCCAUCACCUCCACCACCUUAUAUUUAUAAGUCACCGCCUCCACCAUCUCCAUCACCGCCGCCUCCAUAUGUCUACAAGUCUCCACCGCCACCAUCACCAUCACCUCCACCACCUUAUGUAUACAAGUCACCGCCUCCACCAUCUCCAUCACCCCCGCCUCCAUAUGUCUACAAGUCUCCACCUCCACCAUCCCCAUCUCCGCCACCACCAUAUGUCUACAAGUCACCGCCUCCACCAUCUCCAUCACCGCCGCCUCCGUAUGUCUACAAGUCUCCACCGCCACCAUCACCGUCACCUCCACCACCCUAUGUGUACAAGUCACCGCCUCCACCAUCUUCAUCACCGCCGCCUCCAUAUGUUUACAAGUCUCCACCUCCACCAUCGCCAUCUCCGCCACCACCAUAUGUGUAUAAGUCACCGCCUCCACCAUCUCCGUCACCACCGCCUCCUUAUGUCUACAAGUCUCCACCGCCACCGCCACCAUCCCCAUCACCUCCACCACCUUAUGUGUACAAGUCACCGCCUCCACCAUCUCCAUCACCUCCACCACCUUAUAUUUAUAAGUCGCCACCUCCACCAUCUCCAUCGCCGCCGCCUCCAUAUGUCUACAAGUCUCCACCUCCACCAUCCCCAUCUCCGCCACCACCGUAUGUGUAUAAGUCACCUCCUCCGCCAUCUCCAUCACCGCCGCCUCCAUAUGUCUACAAGUCACCGCCUCCACCAUCUCCAUCACCACCGCCUCCAUAUGUCUACAAGUCUCCACCUCCACCAUCCCCAUCUCCGCCACCACCGUAUGUGUAUAAGUCACCGCCUCCACCAUCUCCAUCACCACCGCCUCCAUAUGUCUACAAGUCUCCACCGCCACCAUCACCAUCACCUCCACCACCUUAUGUCUACAAGUCACCGCCUCCACCGUCUCCAUCCCCGCCUCCUCCAUAUGUCUACAAGUCUCCACCUCCACCAUCCCCAUCUCCGCCACCACCGUAUGUAUAUAAGUCACCCCCUCCACCAUCUCCAUCACCACCGCCUCCAUAUGUCUACAAGUCUCCACCUCCACCAUCCCCAUCUCCGCCACCACCGUAUGUAUAUAAGUCACCGCCUCCACCAUCUCCAUCACCACCGCCUCCAUAUGUCUACAAGUCUCCACCGCCACCAUCACCAUCACCUCCGCCACCUUAUGUCUACAAGUCACCGCCUCCACCGUCUCUAUCCCCGCCUCCUCCAUAUGUCUACAAGUCUCCACCUCCACCGUCCCCAUCUCCGCCACCACCAUAUGUGUAUAAGUCACCUCCUCCGCCAUCUCCAUCACCGCCACCCCCAUAUAUUUAUAAAUCGCCUCCUCCACCAUCUCCAUCACCGCCACCCCCAUAUAUCUACAAGUCACCGCCUCCACCAUCUCCAUCACCACCGCCUCCUUAUAUUUACAAGUCACCCCCUCCACCAUCUCCAUCACCACCGCCUCCAUACAUCUACAAGUCACCACCACCACCAUCUCCAUCACCUCCCCCUCCGUAUAUUUAUAAAUCUCCCCCUCCACCUUCUCCAUCGCCGCCACCCCCAUAUGUCUACAAGUCUCCACCUCCUCCAUCACCUUCACCUCCUCCUCCAUAUGUCUAUAAAUCACCACCUCCACCAUCUCCAUCACCACCGCCUCCUUACAUCUACAAGUCUCCACCUCCACCAUCCCCAUCACCUCCACCACCUUAUAUCUAUAAAUCACCACCUCCACCAUCCCCAUCACCUCCGCCACCAUAUGUCUACAAGUCACCACCUCCACCCUCUCCAUCGCCUCCUCCACCGUAUAUCUAUAAGUCACCGCCUCCACCAUCUCCAUCGCCUCCUCCACCGUAUAUCUAUAAGUCACCGCCUCCACCAUCUCCAUCGCCUCCUCCACCGUAUAUCUAUAAGUCACCGCCUCCACCAUCUCCAUCGCCUCCUCCACCGUAUAUUUAUAAGUCACCGCCUCCACCAUCUCCAUCGCCUCCUCCACCGUAUAUCUAUAAGUCAUUGCCGCAUCCCCGUGGUUAUUAAUCAUAACACCAAUCUCAUCACCACACCAGCAUUACUAAACCCACCUUAGUUUUUGCUUGCACAAUUGGAUGAAUUAUUUUUUUUUUAUAUAUUAAGCCUAUGUUUAUAUAAAUUCGCCUAUCGUCCUUGAUGGAUCGAUAUUUAUGUGAUUGUGAUUCAAAUUACUCUCUUUAAGCUUAUUUGUAUUCCAAAAAAAAUAAGGAUUUCUUGUGAAGAUCCUAAUGUGUUCACAUUCUAAUCCAUUGAAUUGAAAAUUGUUUAUUUUUAGUUUGGAAAACAAAUAUCUAA